UUCUUCAUAGUUGGCAUUGAGAGCCAACCCACUUACUGAAUUUCCAUGGGGUGCAAAUCAUGCCCCAGGGCUGCGUUUGGGUAAAGGGCAAGUCCUGCAUUUCUCUCGGCAGUCUCCCAACACAUUUUCUAACUUACCUUUUAACGGCGUUCUGAGUAAGCUUACAUGAAGUAAAUGAUUUGGCAUCAUGAGUGAAGAAAAAAGCUUUGGCAUGUCACAGAAAAUGCUGUCUCCUUCAAGAAGUACUAGCAGCUGCUCCUCCAAGCAGGGAAGUCGACAGGACAGCUGGGAGAUUGUAGAAGGACUCCGGGGAGCGAUGAACUGUACCCAGGAGCCACAGAAGCAGGAGGGCUGCUUGCUGAAAAAGAGGAAAUGGCCUUUGAAGGGCUGGCACAAGAGAUACUUCUUUUUGGACAGAGGGAUUUUGAAGUAUUCUAAAUGCCAAGCUGAUAUAGAGAGAGGGAAGCUUCAUGGCUGUAUUGAUGUUGGACUUUCUGUCAUGUCUGUAAAGAAAUCAACAAAAUGCAUAGAUUUGGAUACUGAAGAACAGAUAUACCAUCUGAAGGUGAAAUCUCAGGAGCUGUUUGAUGAGUGGGUAGCAAAACUUCGCCAUCACAGAAUGUACCGCCAGAAUGAAAUCUCCAUGUUUCCUCAUGACGUCAAUAACCUUUUCUUCCCUGCCUCUACUACUACUGACUCUGUCCCUGGCUUCUGUGAUUCUGCUCCAGGUAGAAAGGCAGGCAGCCUGACCAAACAGAAUUCGUUGUCAGCUGGCGGUAACUUGUCAUUUUCCUUUUCGAGUAACGAGUCCAGGAUUUCAUCUUGGCUACAGUCUUCUGAAGAGAUGGAAAAAUGCUCAAGAGACCUCUCCAACUGUCACACAUAUUUACUGGAAAUGAACCAGCUGUUACAGAGCAUGGAUGUUCUUCACAGGACAUACUCAGCACCUGCUAUAAAUGCUAUGCAGGUUGGACCUUUUGAAAGCCCAAAGAAGGAAAAGAGAUCACACAGGAGGUGGCGAUCCAGGGUUGUUGGGAAAGAGGCUAAAGGAACAUUACAGGUGCCUUCAGUAUUUUCUGCCCCUAUGAGACUGCAUGCUUCCAAUCCAAACUUAUCUACAAUAGAUUUUGUAGAGGAGAAAAAUUACUCCGAUGGCUCUGAAACAUCAUCAGAAUUUACUAAACUGCAAGAAGAUUUAUUUCACGUUGCACAUAAAGUUUACUUCACCUUGAGGUCAGCUUUCAGCACCAUAUCUACAGAGAAAGAAAAGCUGAAGCAGAUGCUGGAGCAUGAUGCAUCCUCAUCUCCAUCUGCACAAAUUGUUGGUCUGAAGAAUGCCUUAACAUCCGCAAUAGCACAAAACACAGAUCUUAAAGACCGGUUACGCAGAAUACAUGCCGAAUCUAUGAUCCUUGAUUCAGCAUCUAAUGCGAAAUCAAGUCCAGAUUUGGUGAAGGAAAAUUCAAGAGAAGAAAGCAGAGGUCUGGUUCACCAGGUCUCCAAUGAAAGCAGGCUGUCUAUAGCUGACUCUCUCACAGAGUUUUUUGAUGCACAAGAAGUCCUACUGUCCGCUAGCUCUUCAGAAAAUGAGGUAUCAGAUGAUGACUCUUAUGCUAGUGAUAUCAGUGAUAAUGUCUCAGAAGAUAACCUAAGCAAUGACAUGGAGAAUGAAAGACAAACUUUAGACUGCAUUUCUGAAAGUGGAAUGGGAUGCAGUUCUAAACGGAGAACGUGUUUGCCAGCUCCAUGUCCUAAUACAAGUAACAUCAGCCUAUGGAACAUCCUGAGAAAUAAUAUAGGCAAGGAUCUCUCCAAAGUGGCCAUGCCUGUUGAAUUAAAUGAGCCACUUAACACCCUUCAGCGUCUCUGCGAGGAGCUGGAGUACAGCGAAUUACUGGAUAAAGCAGCACAUACGCCGAACCCAUUUGAACGGAUGGUGUAUAUAGCUGCAUUUGCAGUCUCUGCAUAUGCCUCCAGCUACUACCGAGCUGGAAGUAAGCCAUUUAAUCCUGUGCUUGGAGAAACCUACGAAUGUAUUCGUGAAGAUAAGGGUUUCCAGUUCUUUGCAGAACAGGUCAGUCACCAUCCACCUAUUUCUGCAUGCCAUGCUGAAUCUGUGAAUUUUGCUUUUUGGCAAGAUGUGAGAUGGAAAAACAAAUUCUGGGGGAAGUCCAUGGAAAUUGUUCCAGUUGGAACGACACACGUAACUCUCCCAGCCUUUAAAGACCAUUUUGCUUGGAACAAGGUGACAUCUUGCAUCCAUAACAUUUUAAGUGGGCAGAGAUGGAUUGAACACUAUGGAGAGAUCAUCAUCAAAAAUCUCAAUGAUGACACUUGCCACUGCAAACUGACUUUCAUUAAGGCAAAGUAUUGGAAUCCAAACGCACAUGAGAUUGAAGGCAGUGUCAUGGAUAAAGCUGGGAACGUCGUGCACCGACUCUUUGGGAAGUGGCAUGACAGUUUAUACUGUGGGACAACGUCAUCUUCCAACUGCAUAUGGAGAGCAAAUCCAAUGCCUAAAGAUUAUGAACAGUGGUAUGGAUUCACUCAAUUUGCACUGGAGUUAAAUGAACUGGACCUGCAAACUAGGCCUUUCCUCCCAUCCACUGAUACACGUUUUAGGCCAGACCAAAGGUUUCUAGAAGAAGGAAAUAUUGAAGGAGCUGAAAUGCAAAAGCAGAGGAUUGAGCAGCUACAAAGAGAACGGAGGAAGGUACUGGAAGAGAACAAUCUAGAGCAUCAGCCUCGGUUUUUCAGGAAAUCCAGUGAUGACUCCUGGGUGAGCAAUGGAACGUACAUGGAACUUAGAAAAGAACCUGGUUUUUCCAAACUGGACAAUCCUGUCCUCUGGUGAAAGAGGAGCUAACUGAAGACAUUUUGUGCUGUAGUCUUGGAUUUGAUUUUAAAAGAAGUAUAUAUAAAUAUAUCUCUCUAUAUACAAAUAUAUAUAUAUAAAUAUACAGACACACCUACACACAUAUAAUAUAUGUGAAGUGUGUGUGUAUGUGUGCAAGUGAGUGUAUCUCCAGAACUGUGCUUAACUUAGACUCUGAUGAUUAGCUUCCUUUACCCUGACUGUUGCAGUGAUUGUUUGAAUGUAUAAAUAACCUAACUUCUUUUUAUAAAGAUAUUUAAUAAAUAGUACUGAAUGUUAACAGAGAGAGAGAAAAGAGGAGCUUUUACACUACUUUUCCAAUGUGUAAUGAUGUCAGUUCUAACUUAUGCCUUAUUGAAUUACACUGGAGACAGUAGCAUCAGCAUCUCCUAGCCGUGCUGAGAAGUCAGAGUGCAAGCCUUAGUAACUCAAACUCUUAAGCAGGCUUCCACAAUUCAGUGAGUAGUCGAGCUGUCUUUAGGUUGGUGUAAAACUGAUAAAACAGACAUCAGUGGUGCUGGAAACUGAGUAUGGUCUUUUGUUGCCUGUAGAAAAUAUUUCCAUAAGCUUUUGUUUCUGUUAGCUUUCUUCUUAGCAUUACAGAGGAGGUAGUUCUGAGCUUACAUCAGUGGUUCUACUGCCUUAUACACGAACUGUAUCUGGCUAAACGUAGUGCUAGAAAUUCAGGAAUCGCCAAAAUUUUCCACCAGGAAAAAAAUUUCCACUUGAAAUUUAUAGCCCCCAACAGGGCAAGAAGAGGAGAUCCUUUGUAUAUAUUGCUUGAGCACUGACUAGAUGAAAAAAGCUCUCUCUUUUUCCAGUAAGUCAAACCUACACAAAGCACGAAAUCCUGUGCUUCCGUAGCUUCGUUUGUUUUUUAUUAACCUAAAAAUUGCAGCAGUAAGACUUUUUAAAAAGCAAGCAAGCUGAUUGCUUUAAGCUAGAGAUUUUUUUUCUUAGUAUUUUGAUAUUUUCUACCUCUUAAGAAAUAAACAGCAUAUCUUACAUUUGAAAUAUGACCAUCUGCCUUAUGGAGAAGUGUACGGAGUCUAUGAUCUUCCUCUGUUUGUGUGUUAUGGUCGGAUAAAUAUUUAAGUGUCUUGCACUAAAUCGGUUGCAUCCCUUUUCCUGUCAUUUUAUACAUGUGGCUAGAUUUGUGAACCUACUAAAACACAGGUCAGGAGUUUAGCAGGAAACAAAUGUAGUAGAAAUUGCUCUUUUGAAUGAAGACUAUAGACAUGGGGCAGUAUUCCUGCUUUUUCCAUCAAUUCACAAAGGCACAGUCACUAACACAUUAAUUUUAUAUUCCUACUUAUCUGCAACUCAAGCCUGACCUAGGAUCCUUCAGGUCUGUUCUAUGUGUCUGUGACUCUCUGGCAACAAUGCAAUUAUCAAGGUAUAGGUCUAUAUCCUAGCACCAUCAUCACUGCCUUUUCAUUUUCUUACAUGCCACUUUAAUGGCAGAAAGCAAACCCAAAUGUUGUUGGCAUGUUAAAAUGACUUACAACAGGACAUGGCAUGGAUAAAGGAGACUCCUAGAGGGACUAGUAGCUUAGAAAAGCUUGCACUUUGUGCUGCAUUGUUCUAAAGAAAACCCAUUAAAAAUCGAGCCAUUUAUUAUAUGUCACAUGAAGGAAAUCCUAUGAAUGCCAUUUAAAAUCAGAUCUGUGGUAUCAGAUUAGAUGUGUAUUUGAAAUUUGCUUUCUGUUUCUUUAAAGGCUUAGAGGCAGAUGAAUGCUCUUCCACCAUUUUUCACUCUGUCUCAUUAUUAUUCCUGUAAUUUAUUACCAAAGAAUGUAGUGUAAUUAUUUUCAUUUAGUAUCUCUUUCAAAGGCUUGGCUGCUAUGUCAGGGGCUUACAACAAGGCAAGGUUCACAUCAGUAUCAAGACAAAAUCUGCACUUCCACUCCAAAGGAAAUCUGAAUCUUUGGGGGCUGUUUGGCAUUUCAAGGAAAAGAAUCUCUUCAUGGCUUGCUCCCUUCUUGUGUUUUAUUCUUCUAUCAACUGUCAGAACUUGGCACAGAAAUGAGUUGGUAUUUGUAAUUAUCCUUGCUGUUGGCAAUUACUAUUUAUACUAAAAAUAACAUUCUUUUGACAACAAAAGAGGAUGGGGAAAAUACAAUAUUUUUGAAAGCUUUUAAGAAAGUAAAGAAAAUUUGUGGAGGUUGGGUUAAACUUGUUCAUUGACAUAUUUGGCAGCUGCUGUGAUCACUGUCUCAUCUAAUUGCUGGGUUUGUACUUUUCAUGUAUGGAAGGGAUUUCCCCCAUACUUUGUCAUAUGACAUAACUGAUAGCAUCUGAAAUGAAAGGAAUAGAGGCCAAAAGGCAAAGCUGGAGAAUUGUAAUGCAUUAAAAUCAGCAAGUUUUAAACAAAACUAAUCUCA